AUGCAAUGUGGAACCCCUGAUAUUACUCCGGCUCAAUGUCAGGCUAUCGACUUUUACUUCAAUGGACAGCAGUGCUACUAUGGGAAGGCAGUGACUGUGCAGUGUACCAGGGAUGCUCAGUUUGUGGUGGUGGUGGCCAUGGAUGCCACUUGGCCCAAAAUAGACAUUGAUUCCAUCAGUCUGUUGGGGGGAAAUGACAGCCCCUGCAGUCCUGUUGGCAUCACUUCAGCCUUCGCCAUAUACCAGUUCCCUGUCACUGCCUGUGGCACCACUCUAAAGGAGAGUAGAGGUUAUGUGGUUUAUGAGAACAGGAUGGCGUCUUCCUAUAAAGUAGGGAUGGGACCUCAAGGCUCUAUCACCAGGGACAGCCAUUUUGACCUGCUGUUCCAGUGUAAGUACUCUGCCACUGCAGUGGAGGCUCUGGUUAUUGAGGUGAAUACUGUUCCUGCACCCGCUCCUGUUGCUGCUCCAGGACCCCUCACAGUGGAACAUGCGACACCAAGGGAUGCUUGUUCUGUGUCAAUUCGUAAGUCCAGAGCCUUCACAUUAUAUUACACUGAAGAAGACUACCCUCUCACUAAAGUCCUGAGGCAGCCUGUGUAUGUUGAGGUGUGCACUGAGAGGAAGGAUCCCAACCUGGUCCUGAUGCUGGAGCACUGCUGGACCACCUCUGCCCCCAGCCCUGUCAGCAUGCCCCAGUGGGAUCUCCUCAUUGAAGAAUGUUCCUAUCAGAAUGAUAAUUACCUGACUACCAUGGUCCCUAUGGAACGCUCCUCUGGCCUUCUGUACCCCAACCACUACAAACGCUUCACCCUCGAGAUGUUCACCUUUGUGGAUCACACUCUGUCUCCCCAGAAAGAUUGAAUUUUCAUCCACUGUAGUACAUCUGUGUGCUACCCUACUCCAGGGGUCUCCUGUGAACCGAAAUGCAACAGACAAAGGAGAGAUGUUGUUGCUGCUCAGAGGAAGACUAGACAGAUUGCUGUGGUCUCCAGUGGAGAAGUGGUCCUGGUUGACAAAAAGCCUGCCUAUCCUCCAAACCACUAA